ACAUACUUUCCCUACCACACCCUUAUAAAUCCUUACAAUGCACCCUUCUCUUGCAACAUACCUUUUACAUGCAUGUAUCGUAGUCCUUUUUUCUUUUUUGUAAUAUGGCAACAAAACAAACACCUUUCCCUCCUACCAAGUUGGAAACAAUAAGACCAACUAUUGAUGAAGAGAGCCAAAUACAAGAUGAUAAUAAGAACAAGGAAUUGGACUACUCGAAACGCUCUCAGUGGCUGAGGGCCGCGGUUUUAGGAGCCAACGACGGGCUUGUCUCGACAGCAGCGCUCAUGAUGGGAGUUGGUGCAGUGAAGCAAGACGUGAAGGCUAUGAUCUUAACUGGUUUUGCAGGCCUCGUGGCCGGGGCUUGCAGCAUGGCCAUUGGCGAGUUCGUGUCCGUGUACUCUCAGCUCGACAUUGAGGUUGCUCAGAUGAACAGAGAAAAAAUCAAGGAAGGAGACAAAGAAAAAGAGGAAGGCCGGGAUGAUGAAGAGAACUUGCCAAACCCAUUGCAAGCAGCAUUUGCUUCAGCCCUUGCCUUCUCUAUUGGGGCUAUAGUACCGUUGCUGGCGGCGUCGUUUAUUAAGGAUUAUAAGGUGAGGCUUGCAGUGGUGGUGGUGGCAGUUACGGCGGCUUUGGCAAUGUUUGGAUGGUUGGGUGCUUUUCUAGGAAAAGCAUCCCUAGUUAGGUCUUCUUUAAGAGUUUUGUUGGGUGGUUGGCUUGCUAUGGCUAUUACCUUUGGCUUAACCAAGUUGAUUGGAUCUUUUGGUUUGUGAAGUUCUAAUACUUAGAUAAGAUAAUGGUUGAUGAUUGACCUUUAAGCACCAUGCAAAAAGUUGAAUAUGAACGUUAAUAUGGGACAACACCAUCAUUUCGUAUUUUCUAGAGCUGGCUUUUGUUUCUAGAUUACAGUGCAAUAGGUAAUUAGGUAUCAGUUUGUUAACCUAUUGCUUUAUUAAGUUUGAUAUGAGCAUGUGAGUAAGGUUACUAAAUAUUAAGCCCACUAUGUUGGGUGUUAUGCCGAUUCAAGUUCUUAGGUGGGAAUACCCUUUAUAUUGCAACUCCCCACCCUUAUCCUAUAUAUCUUUUGAAGAGUCGUGGCCUGUUUAGGAUGACUGUUACAAGUUGGUUAGUUUAUUAUUUUAAUUAUCUAUCCAAAAUUCGAUGAUUAACAUCUCAUAUAUAUUGUAUAAGCACCUAGAAUAGAAGUAGGGUGGACUAUAAAGUUUUUGUAUGGACAAUAAGCACGUAGAAUAGAGGAAGCUAAUAUAUGUACGGUUCUUGAUGGCGUGAAUUCUAAGUGGUAUUGUAGAUUUAUAAAGUUGUCUCUCUUUAUUCCUACGUAACAUUAUAUGCACUACUUGAACUAUACAGAAAAAAGAAUAAUAUAUUAACGAGUCUAA